CGCCGCCCCGUCCGCCGCCCGGAGCUGGGGCGGGAGGAGGGAGGCUCGGACCGCGGCGGCGGCGGCGGCUCACGGGCCUUCCAUGCGCGCUCGGCGGACCCUCCCGCGCCCCCUCUGUCUCGGCCUCCUCGUCCUCUGCCUGGCGGCCGCCACCGCACACUCCGCUCUUGCCCCUGUUCUUUGCCUCUCGUUUUGUUGGUGAAGAUAUCACAGUGAUGUCUGCAUUCAACCUGCUGCAUUUGGUGACAAAGAGCCAGCCAGUAGCCCUUCGAGCCUGUGGGCUUCCUUCAGGGUCAUGUAGGGAUAAAAAGAACUGUAAGGUGGUCUUUUCCCAGCAGGAACUGAGGAAGCGGCUUACUCCCCUACAGUACCAUGUCACUCAGGAGAAAGGGACCGAAAGUGCCUUUGAAGGAGAAUACACACAUCACAAAGAUCCUGGAAUAUAUAAAUGUGUUGUUUGUGGAACUCCAUUAUUCAAGUCAGAAACCAAAUUUGACUCCAGUUCAGGUUGGCCCUCCUUCCAUGAUGUGAUAAGUUCUGAGGCAAUCACAUUCACAGAUGACUUUUCCUAUGGGAUGCACAGGGUGGAAACAAGCUGCUCUCAGUGUGGGGCUCAUCUUGGGCACAUUUUUGAUGACGGACCUCGUCCAACUGGCAAAAGAUACUGCAUCAACUCAGCAUCCUUAUCUUUCACACCUGCAGACAGCAGUGGAGGGGAAGGAAGCAACAACGGUGUCAACAGCCCAGGCCCAGCAGAUAGAGCAGAGCUGUAGAGAGUGUGGCAUACCAUGCGAAACAAAGUGUACUUAAUGCACUGCUUAUUAAAGAAAUCAAACUUG